CUCCAAUGGAGGAAAAGGUGAGUGGUUAUCAGCGUACGAGGCUUGCAGUAGUUUGUGAAACAAGUAAGCUAGCCGUGAUGGUUUUCGUGAGAAUUCAUGCUAUAACGAUGGCAGCAUUUGCGCCAAGUUUUGGUGGAUAAUCUUGGAUCUUGACCCGAUGUUUAGGGACCAGGCUGUCGUAAGGCUCAAUGAGGUUCAUUGGGAAACGCGCAGAUCUGGUGAGUAAGCAAGGCGCAUUCUUACUUCUACUUUCUAAUUAAGCUGUUGGUACCCUAUGUACAAAGUCACCUUGCCCAAAAAGGUGACUCGAGACAGGAGACAGGGCGGUUUCGCUUCGCAUGGUCGCCUCAGAGGUCCUGAACGACUUGGGAUUAGCCACACAUGUGCUAUAAUCCUUAACAGGGCUCUGCUUGGCUUUCAGCUUUUCUUAAAAUAGAAUCGUUGUGCAACCGCCGAUAGCGUUUUUCCCAUAGCCUGCCUAUCAGGCUCCGGAGAAAGGUGUUCUUAAAGGUUUCGCAGUGCGAGGUUCCUGGGAACUCGCACACAACCUUUUAUCUAUCUGAUACCCCUACUGUUGAGACCAAUAAGGUUGCACAAUUACCUACAGAACCAGGUUCAGUCUUGGACUGGGCGAGUCAUCAUGCCAACUUCCCAAACACCCGAAGACCUGAAUUAUUCUCAAAUCGAGCUUCUCUUGCUUAAUUCAGAUCCAUCCACAACGAUUGAUUCAUCCAGUCACCGAUACAAGAAUCGAGACGGAAUCGAGACUUAUCGACCUCUGAUCGACAAGGCCAGAAACGUCAGCGAUGAUCAAUCCGAUGGCCCCAAAGAAACAGGAAUAGUAAUUCGGAAAGCGUUGGUUUCACCGUCGUCCAAGGCCAAGGAUAAGAAAGGCAAAGUUACAGACACAGAGAAGCACUUUCCAGAACAUCCUUGUUGGAUCUGGAGGUGGGAACUUCUCCAGCUCCUCAUCGCUUCCGGACUCUUUGCCGCCAUCUGUAUCGUUCUCUAUAUAUAUACUGGCAAGGAACUCCCUGAAUGGAAGAAUUUAGGCAUUACCCUUAACACACUCGUUUCUAUCAUUGCCACUUUUUUCCGCGCAUCAAUUGCAAUUAUCUCUUCCGAGGUACUUGCUCAGCUUAAGUGGGAGUGGCUUUCUGGUAGCUUUCGUCCAAUGUCAGAUAUUCAAAUGUUUGACACUGCUACAAGAGGUGUUAUCGGAUCCCUUCAGCUACUUCCUGCUAUAGCGCUCCGUCAACCUCUCACGCUCGAAGCUAUCCUUAUUUUAUUUUUGUCACUGGGUAUCGGAUCCUUUACACAGCAAUCGAUUCAGACUUAUCAGUGUCUGCAACCGGUACACCUUGUGCCACCGCCUUCUAUAACUAUUGCAAAAACCCUGGAUUGGUCUGACUUUGCUCAGCUCACGCAAGGGGGUAGAUAUGGUCUAAAAGCCAAGAUGUCACUGGCCAUGAAGGAUGCGAUAAUACAAGCGCGUAAUAUCAGCACCCUGUACAGCUGCCCUACAGGCUACUGCAAUUUUACCACCUUUCCCGAAUACACUUCACAGGGACUGACAAAACGAAUGUCACAUGCAAAUCUUGGUAUAUGCAGUGCCUGUACCAAUAUAGAUAAACUUGUCCUCCAACAUGAUCGAGAUGGCAAGAAAACAACUACCUAUUCUCUGCCAACUGACGAGAGCAAAAAUGGUUCCAGGAUAGUUCUUGGAAGCCAGGAUGGAGUCAGAGAUACUCACAUGAGUGUACACACUACCAGAAAUCUAGAUUGGACUAAUAAGACCGUUUCUAGAGCUUUCUUAAACCGCGCUCGGUGGUCCAUUUCAAACAUCACAUUUUUAGCAGCACGAGAUCAUUAUUCCAUUGACGUAGCAGCAGCGGCUUGUAUACUCUAUCCAUGCAUCAGAUACUACACCGCCGCAGUAAAGACUUUUCGGCUGUCAGAGGACAUGGUAUGGGAAGUGCCUCUACGAACACAAAGCCCCGAGAAAAUAUGGUCCGCGAAAGCCAAAUCUUUUGGUUAUGAUUGGAAAGGUGUUAUGCGGCCGUGCUUGGUUAAUGGGAAACGGCGAAACUUAUCAGACAUACCUUCGUCAACAGAUCAUUCUACUCGAGUGUAUUUUCACAAAGAUGACUGGGCUGAGCAAAGCAUCGACAAACCACCCAGCUUUGACAAUAUUACAGCGCCUGCUGAGUGUGUCAUGGAGUUCCCAAGGAACCUUGGGCUCGCGUUCGAGACAGAAAUAGAAGCGACCUUUAAUUUUAACUGUACGCCUGCAGAUGAUACUUCCGGGGAACUUUCCUGUCGAACAGAUUCCGCCAUGGAAAACUCAUUUCCAUCGCCUCUAUCAAGUUUUCUCAAGGAAAAUAGAACGUCAGAAGCCAUCGACAAUGCAUUGGAACUUAUAGCCACGCGAAUCACGCAAGAAAUACGUCAAGUCAGAAAAGAUUCCAAGCAUCUUCGAGUGACUGGGAACGCGUCAGAGAACCGUUUUUGCGUUCAAAUAGCGUGGAAGUGGCUUAUCUUCCCAGGAGCGCUUUUGGGUUUAUGUGCAAUCCUACUUUUUGCAGUCAUUUUUAGGUUCGGGUUAUCAAAGAAGAGGAGAAUUUGGAAGAGUUCUGUUUUGCCCUUGCUUCUGAGAGAUUAUCCUGGGUUGGAGAGGAUGGAUUUGAAAGAAAUAGAACAAUUAGCAGAAGGCUUUGAGGCCAAGAUGCAGAGGCCACUAGACUAGGUAGUUUUGUUAUUUUUGCAACCAUCGUGGUAUCGAUGUCUAAGUUGUGGGCUAGAAGUGUUAUUUGCAGUCGAGGCUUGUGGCUGAGAGCUUAUUCCGGCAGAGAGAACCUAGUUAU